UCAGCACGUGUCGCGUUUCUUGUGCUCGGGAAUCUUGAUCCCCGGUAUACUUGGAUGAUAUUCUUGAAUUCUAAAAAAGUUAAAGCUAACUGUGUUGUAAAGUGAACUAAAGAUAAAUCUGCUGGAAUUUUGAUAGGAACCAUGUCUGAAGUUGAAGCAUUUGAAACCUUCGAUAACGAGGCCCCGGCUCAGGUUUUCGAGCAGGCUCCGGUUGUUCAACAAGCGGAACUGCCCGACAUCAAGUUGUUCGGUCGCUGGAGCAGCGAGGAUAUCCAGAUUUCGGAUAUUUCCGUGUCGGAUUACAUUGCCGUCAAGGAGAAGCACGCCAAGUACCUUCCCCAUUCGGCCGGUCGUUAUGCGGCCAAGCGGUUCCGCAAGGCCCAAUGCCCCAUCGUCGAGCGUCUUACCAACUCGCUGAUGAUGAAAGGACGCAACAAUGGCAAGAAGCUGAAGGCCGUCCGUAUCGUGCGACACGCUUUCGAAAUCAUGCAUCUGAUUACCGGUGAAAACCCGCUGCAGAUCGUGGUCCAGGCCAUCAUCAACUCCGGCCCCCGUGAAGAUUCGACUCGUAUCGGUCGUGCCGGUACCGUUCGUCGUCAAGCCGUGGACGUGUCCCCGCUGCGACGUGUCAACCAGGCUAUCUGGCUGUUGUGCACUGGUGCCCGUGAAGCUGCAUUCCGUAACAUUAAGACCAUUGCUGAAUGCUUGGCCGAUGAGCUGAUCAACGCCGCUAAGGGUUCCUCCAACUCGUACGCCAUCAAGAAGAAGGACGAACUGGAACGUGUCGCCAAGUCCAACCGAUAAGAAAAAAAUGCUUUCAGCUUGGGCGCAUUCCCAAAAACAUCUGGAUACAGUGUGUGUGCUUUUUUGUUUCGCGCUCAAAAACCACCCGACAUCAUCAGCGGCACCACAUUGAUUACUUUAAGAAUUGCUGUGUUGUGUAGAAAUGUUACACAUGGAUCUACUGCAGCGCAAUAGAGAUAAACCUAUGGGAAUAAACUCCAAAAAAAUUGAAAAACUCUACUAAA